CUGUGGGUCCAUCUCGAAUGGCAGCGCCGGCUCUCUCAGCAUCAUCUGUUGUAACGGACGGCGAGGACGUUACGUGACGGUGGUCAUCCCUGGCCGAGCAGAGUACCUGACCCUCUGUGAGCUGGAGGUCUAUGGCUCCAGAGUGGCCUUCUGGUCGCCUGAAAAAGAGACAGGUGUGGAAGGUCAGAAUUUGGCCUUAGGGAAGCCGGCCAGCCAGUCUUCCAUCCAUCACCAUGACAUCGUUGGGUCAGCAGACAAAGCGGUGGACGGGAACUGCAACGGGGACUGGUACAACAACUCCUGCAUCCACACCAAAAACGAGAUGAACCCCUGGUGGUUGGUGGACCUGGGGGAGCCUCGUAAAAUUUCGGUGGUCUUGGUGAAAACCCGCUAUGACUGCUGUGCCAAAAGGAUGUAUGAAGCGGAGGUCCACUUAGGAAAUUCUCUCAAAGACCACGGAAGAGCCAACCCUCUUCUCUUGCCCCGCAGCUGUGGAAUCAUCCUGAACGUCAGCCCAGGUUCCAUCACUACCAUCUACUGCAACGGGCAGGAAGGCCGCUACAUCAGUGUGCACCUGCCCGGGAAGGACUACUUGAACAUGUGCGAAGUGGAGGCCUACGGCAUCAAGUAGAGAAACC